GGUGUACAGUAGAAUUUCCUCAAUGCAGGCUGUCGUCGUUAAUGUGCUCUUGGCAAUGAAAGGGUGGGGCGAGGAAGGUUAUGCAAAGAGCAGUCAUAUCACAGUGUAUAGGAAGGUCUGUCCCUUCAGCAGCCAUGAUCAGGACUGCUGGCAGGAGCUGUUAUUACUUGGGGUCUAGGAGCAGGAUCAGUCCAGUGCUGCAGACAUGCAGGGUCCCCCUGGCCAGAGCCUCGCAUGGGGCUGCAGCUGCUGGAAUAGAAGGGGGGGACAAAAAGAUGAAGACAUUUGAGGAUUUGCCUGGACCUUCCCUACUCACCAACUUCUACUGGAUCUUUAUGAGGGGCUACCUGCUGUACUCACAGGAUAUACAGGCUGUCUUUAAAAAGAAGUAUGGCCCUAUCUGGAAAUCUUCCUUCGGAGCAUAUACAAUGGUGAAUAUUGCUGACGCCGAUCUCUUGGAGUUGUUUCUACGCCAGGAGGGGAAGUAUCCAAUGAGGAAUGACAUGGAGCUCUGGAAAGUCUAUCGGAGACUGAGAGGCCUCGGUCUGGGCCCUUUUACUGAAGAAGGUCACCAAUGGCAAACGCUGCGCUCCAUUCUGAAUAAACGGAUGCUGAAGCCCGCAGAGGCCGUGCUGUACACCGGGGCGGUCAACGAAGUGGUAACAGAUUUCCUGGACACGCUGGAUGACAUGAGGAAGGAAUCCCCCUCUGGGAUCAUGGUCAACGACAUUGCAAACGCCUUCUAUAGGUUUGCAUUUGAGGGAAUUUCGUAUAUUCUGUUUGAGACGCGUAUCGGCUGCUUGGAGAAGAACAUUCCUCCCGAGACCAAGAAAUUCAUUGACUCUAUAGGGACCAUGCUGAAAUAUAGCUUUAUUAUCCAAGCCUUACCUGCAUGGACCCAAAAUAUUCUCCCCUAUUACAAGCGCUACAUAGAAAGCUGGGACAACAUCUUUGCAUUUGGAAACAAGCUGAUCGACCAGAAGAUGCAGAAGAUACAAGAGAAUCUGGAUCGUGGGGAAGAGGUGCAGGGGGAGUACCUGACCUACCUGCUGUCCAGCGGCAAACUGACCAUGAAGGAGGUGUAUGGCAGCAUCGCUGAGCUGCUGUUUGCUGGAGUCGACACAACUUCAAACACCUUGUCCUGGGCCCUCUACCACCUCGCGAAAGACCAGGAGACCCAGCGAUCUCUCUAUGAGGAGGUGACCUCCAUUGUCCCAGGAGAAGGUGUUCCCACUGCUGAGGAGAUCGCCAGGAUGCCGCUGCUGAAGGCCGUCAUUAAAGAGACGCUACGGAUGUAUCCGGUGGUGCCGGUUAAUUCCAGAGUCGCUGUCGGGAAGGAGAUCAUCAUCAGAGACUUUUGGUUCCCCAAAGACACGCUGUUUGCCUUGAAUCAUUUUGCCAUAUCUCGAGACGAGAACAAUUUUCCAGAACCAAACAAGUUCCUCCCUCAGCGCUGGUUCCGAGACCAUAAGAUGAAGAAUAACCCAUUCAGCUACAUCCCAUUUGGCUACGGCGUUAGGGCUUGUGUCGGGCGUCGCAUCGCCGAACUGGAGAUGCAUUUGACCUUGUCCCGGGUUAUUAAGAAGUAUGAGAUCCGUCCAGAUCCUCAAGGUGGAAACAUCACACCUAUGGCAAGAGUUGUCCUGACUCCAAAUAAACCUAUAAAUCUUCAGUUUCUGGAAAGAAAGGCUCUUUGAUGUGAGUGAGGCUGUCAAUAGGAUUUACCAUGCAGACAAUGGGAGUAGUAGUCAUAUGUUUUCAAACACUGCAAGAGAAGAAAACUUUGUAUCUUAACAUUUUGUUUUGUUUAAAAUCUCUUUAUUGGUUUCAAAACAUGCAACAUACAUGUAAAGUUUUUAACUGUUACAGUUGCCAAUAAACAUCAUUUG